AAAAGGAUAUACAAAAAUCAAAAUCCAAGAAAAAGGCUUUGGAGAGAGAAACCUGAACAUCAUACGAAAUCAUUCAUUAUACUCCUUCCUCCAAACCCCACUACUUGAGCAGAAAAGAUUUGCUUUAUUAAUUCAAAAAUAUCAAGAAAUCUCAUUCUUAAAGUUCUAUUUGAUUAUUUCACCAAUACAGUAGUCAGUGUAGUUCUGUACUAGUAGACCUGGGGUAGAUUGAGGAGUAAUGGCAGGGUACAGAGCUGAAGAUGACUAUGACUACCUGUUUAAGGUGGUUUUGAUUGGAGAUUCAGGUGUUGGCAAGUCCAACUUGCUUUCAAGAUUCACCAGAAAUGAGUUCAGCCUUGAGUCCAAGUCUACAAUUGGUGUUGAGUUUGCUACCAGAAGCUUGAAUGUUGAUAAUAAAGUCAUCAAGGCUCAGAUUUGGGAUACUGCUGGCCAAGAAAGGUAUCGGGCCAUCACCAGCGCCUAUUACCGCGGUGCUGUUGGUGCCUUGCUUGUGUAUGAUGUGACACGGCAUUCUACUUUUGAGAAUGUAGAAAGGUGGUUGAGGGAACUGAGAGAUCACACAGAUCCCAAUAUUGUUGUCAUGCUUGUUGGCAACAAGUCCGAUCUCCGACACCUUGUGGCGGUCUCAACUGAGGAUGGAAAGUCUUUUGCAGAAAGGGAAUCACUUUAUUUCAUGGAAACUUCUGCACUUGAAGCUACCAAUGUGGAUAGUGCAUUUGCAGAGGUCCUUACGCAGAUUUACCAUAUAGUGAGCAAGAAGGCCAUGGAGGCUGGUGAAAAUGGAGCUAAUGGAACAGUUCCAUCAAAGGGAGAGAAAAUCGAUGUCGGUAAGGAUGUAUCCGCUAUGAAGAAAGGUGGCUGCUGUUCAACAUAGUUUUUAACCAAGUUGAUAUGCAGCAUUCUGAGGUGUUUAUUUAAAUUGCUGGAUGUAUGUCUACACUGAGAUUGUAGCUAAAGUUUCUAAAUUAAGCGCCUACAUAGACGUGGAAAUUGUCUCUGUUAUUAUUUUUGUUCUAAAUAUUUGAGCAGGACUGCUGUUACAUCUAGACAAGCAGAAUUUGGUUAGAAAUGAAAUGUUGGUCCUGUUGUUUUCAUUUAUUCAUUGAUGGUGUACUCUUUUAGGACCA